CGCUCGGGUACCAGCGCCGCCGCAUCCCCGCCGCGCUCCUGCACUCGCGGCCCGCCCACCGCGCAGCUCCGGCUCCGCAGCCCGGCGGCCUACCCGCGAGGCCCGGCAGGUCCAGCCCAGAGCACAGCUCUGUCCGGUCGGGCGGAGGCAGCGGCGCAGGGCGCAGAGCGGAGAUGCAGCGGCCCGGGAGCACCCUUCUGUGCCUGCUGCUGGCGGCGGCAGUCCCCACGGCGCCCGCGCCGACUCCGACAGCGACUUCGGUUCCGGCCGAACCCGGGCCGGCUCUCAGCUACCCGCUGGAGGAGGCCACCCUCAACGAGAUGUUCCGCGAGGUAGAGGAGCUGAUGGAGGAUACGCAGCACAAACUGCGCAGCGCGGUAGAGGAGAUGGAGGCGGAAGAAGCUGCUGCUAAGAUGUCCUCAGAAGUGAGCCUGGCAGACUUGCCUCCCAGCUAUCACAAUGAGACCAACACAGAAACCAAGGUGGGAAACAACACCGUCCACGUGCACCGAGAAAUCCACAAGAUCACCAACAACCAGACUGGACAAACAGUCUUUUCAGAGACGGUGAUUACGUCUGUGGGAGAUGAAGAGAGCAAAAGGAGCCACGAGUGCAUCAUUGACGAGGACUGCGGGCCCCGCAGGUACUGCCAGUUUGCCAGCUUCCAGUACACUUGCCAGCCAUGCCGGGACCAGCAGACGCUCUGCACCCGGGACAGUGAAUGCUGUGGAGACCAGCUCUGUGUCUGGGGUCACUGCAGCAGAACAGCCACCAGAGGUAGCAACGGGACCAUCUGUGACAACCAGAGGGACUGCCACCCUGGGCUGUGCUGUGCCUUCCAGAAAGGCCUGUUGUUCCCUGUGUGCACACCCCUGCCCGUGGAGGGGGACCUCUGCCAUGACCCUGCCAGCCGGCUCCUGGACCUCAUCACCUGGGAGCUGGAGCCGGACGGAGCUUGGGACCGAUGCCCGUGUGCCAGUGGCCUCCUCUGCCAGCCUCACAGCCACAGCCUGGUGUACGUGUGCAAGCCAGCCUUCGGCGAGAGCCACGGCGAGGACGGCGAGGACGAGGACGGCGAGGAUGGGGAGGGCGGCCAGGGCGGCGAGGGCCUGGUACUCAGAGAGGUUCCCGAUGGAGAUGGUGGCUUUAUGGACGAGGUGCGCCAGGAGCUGGAGAACCUGGAGAGGAGCCUGUUGAUGGAAAUGGCUCUCAGGGAGCCUGAUGCCACCUCUGAGCUGCUAGAGGGAGAAGAGAUUUAGUUCCGGGCUUGUUCUCCGGGUAGACGUGCAAUAGAAGUAGCUAAUUUAUUUCCCCAGCUGUGUCCUCUAGGUGUUGGCUCACCAGACUUUUUCCCAUGGCCUCGCCCCAGAACAUGUUCCCUCUGGCCCGAAACACAGCGAGGCGCUGCGCACUCGUCCAGCCCCCCAGACGGCACACCACGCACCCUCGCCGUUCCGGUGCCUGGGGGAGGCACCGCUUCCGGUGUGGGAGUGAAGGCAGAGCAGGGAUGUGAAACUGGUGCAAAUUAUUGGCCGCUUUGCAUCUGCGGGUUGGCAGAUGGCACAUUCUGUUCUACAUCCCCCCCAGGAGGGGAUGGGAGAGGAUGCAGAACUUCCUUGUGACGGGUUUUGGGGAAAUGUUGCUUAUAUAUGUGGAGUAGUGUGCCCUGUUUGCAAACAUCAACCUGGCGAAAAUGCAACAAAUGAAUUUUUCUCCCAGUUCUUCGCAUGGGCACAGGUAAGCUGUGCCUUCAGCUGCUGCAGGUGAAUCAUGCUGUUCAUUUGUCCAGCUUUUCAGCAGUCCCUCAGCUCCUGCCUCUGUGACAGGUGUGCAGUUUCACAUCCACGAUCAAGUCAUGCUGUUGCCACAGCCCGGGGAAGGGGCGUUGUUCUCCCCAACUGUCAGCAUCGCAGGGGCUCGGAGACGUCACGUUGCUCGCCCAAGGCACACAGCUAGGAAAGACCCAAGCAGUGUUUCGCCCAGGUGUGACUCUGGUGUUGGGCUUGCCCACUGCUCCCCCGCAGCCUCGGUGCCACCAGGAGUACCCCCUAAAAAGAGAAAGAAAGGGGUUUUUCUUUUUCUGAGGCACAUCUGGCAUUAAGGUCAAACCAGUUCACACAUCUCUGUAAGAACAAACUUCUCCUAGAAGUAGCGUUCUCCCCAGUGUCGGGGUGGCCAUCACCCUAGUGGUGACAAGUGGUAUUGACACGGUCCCCCAUGGCAGUUAGUUAUAUUAGUAACUUUGAAGGUAUGAGAUUGGAGCAUACUAUUUAAGUUAAUUUGCCAGAAACAGUACUUAGGUAACUGUAGGGCUAGGAUUAUAAAUGAAUUUGCAAAAUCACUUACCAACAACUGUAGACCAUUAUCAACCACGUGGAGAAACUCAGACCACGCCAGGCUCUGUGAUAUAUGGUUGUAAUAUCCACACUGAGAGACUGAACUGUAUAAUGUUCCACAAAUGAUGUUUUCAGGUGUCAUGGACUGUUUCCAUCGUGUAUGCAUCCAGAGUUAUUAAAUUUUACAUUUGCACAUGAUUGUAUAAGCAUGCUUUUUUCGAGUUUUAAGUUAUGUAUAAACACAUAUGUUGCAUUUAGAAAUGAAGUAUAAAUCACUUUAACUCCUC